AUGCAAAAAGGUAGUUCUUCGCCUUCAAGUCCUUCAGCUUCUGUUCUGCAAUCUCAGUCCUCUGCACCCCCGUUAAGAUCACGUUCCUCUCUGUCUCUACUUCCUAAAAGAGUGGAAGACUUAUUAAACUUGAAACAAAUUGAAAACAAACUCACUAAACUUCAACAAACUCCUAAAGACUCGGUUUUAUUCUUCACCGGAGGCAAGGCGCCAAGGAAGCAGCUUGCGACGAAAGCGGCAAGAAAAUCCGCUCCGGCCACCGGAGGUGUCAAGAAGCCGCACAGAUUCCGUCCAGGAACCGUCGCAUUAAGAGAGAUCAGGAAGUACCAGAAGAGCACCGAGCUUCUGAUCCGUAAGCUCCCCUUCCAGCGUCUGGUCCGUGAGAUCGCUCAGGAUUUCAAAACCGAUCUGAGGUUCCAGAGCAGCGCUGUAGCCGCUCUUCAGGAAGCAGCUGAGGCUUACCUUGUCGGGUUGUUCGAAGACACCAAUCUUUGCGCAAUUCACGCCAAAAGAGUCACCAUCAUGCCGAAGGACAUCCAGCUCGCAAGGAGAAUCCGCGGUGAAAGAGCUUGAAGACUCUUUUGUUAUCUACUAAUCUAUUCCAAUGCUUGGUUUCAGUUAUUGCCUCUUUUUCAAUUCUAGGUCUUCUUCAUAGGUUUAGCUUUUGUUAAGAUAGUCCUGAAUGUGUUCGACGAAAUGUCACAGUGAGGAUUGUUCUUGUUCUCUUUAAUAUAAAAUCAAUAAUAAAAUCUUACAAGCAUAGAAA